AUGACAAGUCACAACUUGGUUGGCAAUGAAUCCAAGUCAAGCUUGAAACCCCCCAAGCCUGCACAGUUCUUUGUCUUUACGACGCGGACUGCGGGUACUCUUGACACAAGCCAACCCAAAUAUGUUUGGCCUGUGCCGCGCGAUACGAGGUCGACAAUUAGGGACGUGUUCUAUGAGACGCCGCUGCUUCGGAAUUAUGACGUGUUCAUUGUAUUCUGCGAGUCUACCACCGGGGAAUUCUACGGAUAUGCUCAGUUUACGGGAUUCAGUAGCAGUGGUACUGGAAUGUCGACUGAUCACAAGUCUGAGUCCACGAAACACACGAGCCUUGGCGGCUGCUUUCCGUCAUUUGAUCCACCUUCAGCUCGGGCGACAGACUCGCAAAAAGGCACUAGCGUAAAGCUGCAGCCGACUUCAAACCUCCUUUCGCAUGCGCCGGAGCUGCGGAUGGAUAUCUUUGAGCUCGGACACAUACCAUCACUGUGCGGCCGGCGUAACAGCGAGCGUUAUGGUCCCCCCUGUGGUGCUCUUCUACCGUUAAGACGCGCCGAUAGUCCAACAGAUCGCGUUGAGGAACCGCCGGUGUGGCUGCUUGGGGAUACUCUCCGUAUCAUUGAAUACGGGGCCCGCCUCAACCUCGAAUGGAUUACUACCCAACGAAUGCCUUUCCGUGAAACAUACCGCCUCCGCGAUCCAUGGGGCCAAACCCUUCUUUGGCGCCACCUGCAACAGUCCGACUACGGGAUCGAAAUCGACGCCACCAUCGGCAUGAAGCUGCUGGAUAUAUGGCGCCAAUAUGUAGAGGAGACAAACAACUUGAAGAUCGCGCAGAAUAUGGCCAUGAGCGUGGAUAGCCCCGAUCUCGACCCCCGGGCAAAUACAUGGGCGAUGCGAGUGCUGAACCUUCCUGGAGACACCACACUUGCUGAGCUCUACGGGCUGUUCAUGCCGCAGUCAUUUCCCCUUGCAACCGGCAGUGCACUAUCCAUGACCUUCCUCCCCGCCCCGAUAUACUGGCACUCCGGAUCCGCGCUCGUUUAUUACAGCUCUGAAGUCACCAUGCAAGCUGCGCUCCAGCGAUUCAACGGCUCUCGCUUGCGCCCAGGGGACUCAUUCUCUCCAUUGCUAUUGUGCUUGCCAAGCAAUUCGAAGCCGACUAUCCCAGUAUGA